UGGGUCUUUUUUUUCAAGGACUGACCUGUCGAGGCGAGGAGGCAGGCAGGGCGUUGACCAUAGCACAGCAAAAGCCGAGUCUCAACCUGCUACCCACCCACUCUCUCUUCAACAUCAUCAACCCGCGUUCACGACCUUGAAAGACGCGAUAAUAUUGCAGUAAUUCAUGCUGCUUUCCAAGAUAAAACUGGCCUAGAGAGGUGCGCUGCCCGUCCCGCGGCAACUGGCACACGCAGAGAGAGGCACACACACAACAGACCACCACCACCACCACGAGGUCAGGCACGCCAAAGGCCGGCACAAUGAUCUCGUCAAAUACCCGCACUACACGAUCUCGUUACUCUAGUCCCGCGCAAUCACAGAAUACCAAAUGGAAUGGAGUACUCGACGCGUCUAAGGGGGCAACCGAGGGUUCAAGGGCUUUCAUGCAGCGCUGGCUAGAGCCGACUGUGCAGAGCAAAGCGAGCUUCGAGGACGAUGGGUUGGUUCGAUAUGGCGUCGUCGAGAACAUGGCGCCCCUGGGAAGUCUGCCCAAACCUAAGAAGACGGGACCGGAGACCAAUUCAGGAGUAAAGAGGAUUAUAUUGCGGCCCUCAGGGGGAGGUGCUGCCAAAAAUGUAGCGCAGAUGGGCUCGAGCGACCCAGUGGUGGAUGUUGACGUGGACGUGGACGUGGACGGGGAUGCGGAUGCGGAGGCGGAUGUUGCGAUUACGGCGAGAGCGGCAGACUCUUCCCCUCCACCUGUGGCUCUACCCCCUACACCGCCACGGAGAGUAUCUAUUAUUCUCAAAGACGCAGCAGCAGCAGCCGACGACGAGAACGACGAAGACUACGACCCGAGUCGACCAAAGAGACGACAAUCAGGCCGCACAUCUCUGGGAAGACGGUCGCGACGCUCCUCUGCCGGUCGCAGAAGCUCCAUCGUGACUAAGCCCACAGUAAAGGAGGCAAAGGAGCGCAGAGAGUCGGAGAGGGAGCCGAAGAAGACUGCAAAGUCAGCGGAACUAGCAAAGUCUUUCAAGGAGGUCGAGGAGGAUGAGGAGCUGGAGGCAGUAGGGGCAAUCACAGCAGAGGCGACGAUUCACGCAGCUGAACCUGUAGAACCUGAAGACAAAGAAUUUACGGAUAAGGUCGUCGAGGCUGCAGUGGACGAAGCCCUAAAGCACUAUCGAUAUCCGACCGCGUGGGCUCUGCGGACCCUCUACGACGAAAGAUCAAGCGACCCGCGGUUCGUUGCCAUGAUCGAGGAGGUAUUCACGCAAACGGCAGAUGAGGCUACGAUGCAAAAGUUUUCCAGAGAGAUGCAGAAGAAGAAGCGAGAGGGCAAGAAGGACAACCAAGGCUGCUACUAUUUCAUCCCUCCAACGACCAACAGCAGAUUCACUCCUCACAAACCCAAGGCCGCGCCGUACGGCAAACUCCUGCAUCACAAUCAGGUGGAAGAGGUGGUCGAAGUAGUAGAGGUAGAGACUGAAGACGAGUCAGAGGUGCAUAUUCUCGACUCGGAGGAAGCAGAGCAAGUGAAAAACGCUCAUCGACAUCCAGCUCGAGCUACCAAGAGGGCAAAGACAUCUCACUCUCGCGCUCACUCUUCUUCCCAUCAUAGCAAUACCCAUCCCCAUACUCAGACUCACGCCCACCCUCACUCGACCCGCAACACGCCACGGAAAAUGUCUUCAAGUAACCAACCCCAAACACCCUCGCGCAAGCGAAACAGACGAGACUCAGCAUCCAGUGAUUCUUCUCUCUCAUCAGCCCUCAGCCUCUCGUCGCCUGAGGCCAUAAUGGGCAGCCCAAGCCCUGUUCGUCGAACAGGCACUGGCACCAGUCGCCCUGGGCCAGUUGGGCCCGACUCCAGUGAUGCGCCAAAAUCUCGGCCAAUCACCACCCGCCGCAAAUCACUCGCCUCCAAGGGAGGUGCCAGUAGCAAGGCCAAGCCCAAGACCAACAAGCCUGCUGCUACUAAGCAGCCAUCACCCCCAGCUCCCACACUGUCCACCUCAGACAUCACCAACAGCAUCAAAUUCAAACCCACUGAUGCACCCGCAAGUGCGACCAUCAGCGUGAGUGCCGACGCCAGUAUGCCAGGAAGGGUUUCUGCUGGCCAAAUCUUCCCAAACCUGCCUACGAAAUCAAAGACAGCAAAGAACAAGGGAUCAUCUGCCCUGGCUCCAGCUCCAUUCUCGGCUGAUGACGCUGGCCAUGAUAACGACGACUCCUUCUGGGAUCGGAGACGCGAUGCGCAAAAGUUUGCCAACAGUGUCACGGCGACUGAGAGUUCUAUCCGAGGGGGAGACGAAGACGAGGACCCCUUCACAACUCCCGCAAAAUCGACGAGGAAGACGCGUCAAUCCAUCGCCGCCGCAGGCUCUGCUUCAGCGGGAACGACGAGAUCCACGCGGUCGGCGAGCAAGAGACCUCACGACGAGAUUGACUCUGCCGUGUCCCCUGUUGCGUGGUCUUUCCAGCGUGAGGACAGCUCAGUCGGAGGAUCACGGGCUGCGACGCCCACGCUACGCCCCCCAAAGAAGCCGAGAACUGGCCUUCGUAUCAAGUCAUCCCCUGUCAAGAAAAGAGGAGGAACAGCUGCUGGUGUCCCUCGGCCACAAGGAGAAGUCCUAGCAACCAACGGCGUAGCCAAAGAUCAGGUGUCGGACAACGACGAAGAUUGCUCUGCCUGCGGCGCCGCUGGCGAUGUUGUUUGCUGCGAUGGAUGCCCACGGUCAUUCCACUUUGAAUGUGUGGGCAUGAUAACCUCGGACCAUCUUCCCGACGAGUGGUUUUGCAAUGAGUGCUUGUACAAGCAAUACCCAUCGCGCAUGCCCCCGUACAAGGGUGUGUUUGCCGCUGCCCUCAUCAACCUGGAGAAGAGCAUUCCUCGCGCAUUCAGCCUCCCUAAGAAAUUGCAGACCCGCUUUGAAGGCGUCAAGGCUGGUGCCUAUGGCGAGUAUGAAGAAGCCACCACCAUCAAAACGACCAAGAGGAAGAAUGGCUACGAAGAGUUGCCGGACUUUUUCAAGCAGCGCGAUGAAGGACAGGCUGUGAUCUGCCACGGCUGUCAAAAGCCUGCCACAGAUGUUCGAGCCAUCAUUCCUUGUAGCAUUUGUCCCUUCUACUGGCACAUUGACUGCUUAGAUCCUCCACUCGCUGUCCCGCCUGUCCUCAAGACCUGGCGAUGCCCUCUACAUCCAGAGGAAAUAAUGGCCGAGGUCCGCUCAUUGGCACCUGCUCACCGUUUUCGCAAGAUCAAAGGAUCGCAGACCAUCGUACCAGCUCUCUCACGCGGUACCAAGAACAACGGACACAUUGAAAUUGACUGGGAAGAUGAGCCCGAGCCCGCGAACAACUCCGGCUGGCCGGAUCCUGACUCGUUCGGUCGAGCUUACAAACUACCAGCAAAGGGCAUUGUCCUUGAUUUUAUUGAGCAGCUACGUCGUCAACAUGCUGGCUAUGGCCCUCGCCAUGAUGAGUCCAGAUGGGUGUCGUAUAUUCCAACAACUGGAAGCGACCGAAGUCGACCUCUUGCAGGCUCCGAGUUACAGCGGACUGUCGAUGAAAUGCAGUUAGCAUUGACCCUGACCAGUCUCAAAGAGCGCAAGUCAGACGGCGUUGACCAACUGAUCACGGCCCUUGUGGAGACAGCUGAUGCCAGUGUUUUGUCACUCAUGGCUAAGGCAGAUGCCAGUAAUCUAUCUACUGGUCAUUUGACAGAGAGCGACAAGCUUAGUCUGCGCGUCCUUCUGGAUCAGAUGGAUUCCAUGGGGGCUCGCAUUAGACACCUGCUUGGCGAGCCGGAGCCUGUUGGUAUUUCCGCUACCAUGCAAGACCAGGAUGUCAUACCGAGCAUCCUUUCCCCCCAAGACUCAGCCAUUGCUGAGCCACUCGACAAGGUUACGGCACAUCCUGUCACGGAGCCCACGCCCCCUUCUACCAUUGACCACGCUGAAGGCUCUAUGGAUCUCGACUGAACAACCACAGCUCUCUCUGUCUCUUUUGAGUUUCUACCUGACAUUCACAAAGAGUAAUUGCGAUACGAUCGGUUCUCUGUUCGAAUUUACCAUAGUCUUUUCCCUAUCCUAAUUCAUUAUCGGAGGAAUCAAACAGGACCUUUGUACGGAUUUCUUCAACCUUUGCAUGUAUCUAUGCAAGCGCCUAGCGUAACAUUACGCAACCACUAUCUGCAGUGCUGUCUUCUUUUCGCGCGACCCUUUUGAUUAUGGAUCGCCGGAGUUUGGAGGGCUUCGCUAUUUGAAUCACGAACCAUGGUUAUAGAGACGAUCUAGAUGCUCUUUGUCUCCAUCAAUUCCGCCUUGUUAUUCCCAUCUCGUCUGAAGAGGACCGUAACCCAAAGGCAACCAAAACACACACACAACCACCCCGCCUCUGAGCAUCACAAAAAGCCCAAGCAUCGUCUGAUCGGUGCCCUUACCUCAUCCCCCCUUUGUUUCUUUCUUUCCAAUUUCUAUAACAUGCACGAAACCACCCUUGAUUACCCAGUUGAUGGUGGACAUGACAUUAGUAGCAGCUAGUAGACAACAGGGUGGAUUCGAGGUGAACCAGCGCUGCACUAACUACUCUUUGUUUGUAUCAUAGUUGAGAGUUGAUGAGGAGAAAAAGCGACAUUGAUCGAUUCAGCCACCCGGGACGGAUUCAGAGGCUGGUGCGAUAGAAGUAUUUGUCAAUAUGAGAGAGAUAUGAGACAGAAGACGAGAUACAUGAUUCUUCAUCAUCUCAAGACUGGCCAUCCCCCGACGAAACGUGAUGUGGUACAAAAUGUCAGAAAAGUCUGUCCCUGAA